AUGGCCGCGGUCGACCCGACGUAUCCUCUCUACCCCAUCUCGUGUUUCCUGGCAGUGGCAAUGCUGCUUCUCGUCUUAUGGAACGGGUUCCUUCGGCAAAGUUGGAACUUCAGCGUCGUUCUACUAUGUAUAUGGCUUCUCUUCGAGAACCUGACGUAUGGAAUCAAUGCUAUCAUAUGGGCCGACAAUAUCGACAUCAAGCAUUACGUUUACUGUGACAUCAUUACACACGUCCAGAUAGUGACGUUGAUCGGCAAGCCUCUGGCGACUCUAUUCAUCACCCGCCGAUUGUACCUGAUCACGAGUCUCCGAUCAGCCGUAGCACCAAACGCGUCGGCAAAUCGUAGAGACCUCGCCGUCGAAUGGACAAUCAGCUUGGUAGCACCACUCUUAUUUGCGGGGCCAUUCUACUACAUAGUACAACCAUACCGGUUCGUCAUACAGGAGGGGUUUGGAUGUGUGAGCUGCGUAGAUGCCUCGAUACUCACAUGGCUUUUACAAUACUUCUGGGUAUUGGUUCCCUCACUAGUAUCCAUCUUGUUCUAUUGCCCCAAGGUGAUCUGGGUUUUGUACCGACACCAACGAGAGUUGGAUCGGUUUCUGCGCAGCAACGACUCUGUCACGCGGACCAACUACUACCGCAUGUUGGCCCUUGCAAGCAUCGAUGUCCUGCUGACCUUGCCCAUCGGCAUCGUGGUCAGCGUCGUACCCGUCAUUGCAACCUUCAGACGGGGUGGAUAUCCUUUCUACCGGGGUUUCACUUUCCUCCAUACCAAUUGGGGUCCGGUCGCAGCUUCGUAUUCCGACGUGGACGACCCGGUCGAUCUGGCACAGAUCUAUUUCAAUCAGUGGAUAUCGCCUGCACUUGCCUUUGUCAUGUUUGGUCUCUUCGGCAUCACGGAAGAGGCUCGCGAGUCGAUUAGGCUUGCUAUACAGACCGUGAGAGCUCGCUCCGGUUGGAAACCGGCGGCCGCACGCUCUCCUUUGGGUACGAUCGAGUUCGGCGAACGACCGCAGGUUUCCUGGCCAUCCGUUGACCCAGAGACUGGUGUGCGACCGGAUCUCGAAGAUAGCAUGCACAAGCAAGAGAACGAGGGCGAGGGUGAACAGACGGAUCGCGGGUCACAAGGGGUGUUGAAUGAGAAGGUGGUCGAUUCAUCGUAG